AGUUUUGCUAAUUUCAGGUCCUCAAAAUGGAGGUCACGAACGAGUUGGUGAGCGGGAAGGUACGCGUUCUGCUUGGGACGUGGAGCAAGGAUGACGGAGGUGUGUGGAGUUUCACGGCGGCCGCUGAGGAACAUGCGACGUACAUUCGGUUCCGAGAAGGCGACGGACUAGAUGCAGCUAAGGCCAAAGUGAUUAAGGAGAUGGGAGUAGACGUGACCCGUGAGAAGAUCGAGCUGACGUACGAGAUGCCGGAAUGGAUGGAUGUCGACGGAUCAGUUAAACCAGUGCCUAUCCACAUUGUCACUGACGACGACAUGGACAUGUUCCUUGCAAUGCGCGUAGAUCUCCAAGAUAUGAAGCUCCAAGUCGUGAAGAUGCCAGUUACAAUGACUCUGGAAGUCGACGGCUUCAAGGUGGUGCCUAUUUUGGACGAGUUUUGCUUCGCGGAAGUUAUGAGCUCGGCAGAUCUGGAGAAGGAGAGAGAGAGACGUGCAGCAAAGGCGGCCGUAGAUGACAUUAUUUGCACCCAGGUCACACCCGAACAUGUAGGUGACAGCGAAGAUGGUCAGCUAGGAUGGGUAGGGCAUGCAUACUCCGCGAGUGGAUUCGCGACUCUUUCAGCAGCACUGAGGCACUACAAAGCUGCAGCAGAGGAGGUCCGAGCGAAUGCUUCGCCUGUGACUGUGCUCGACCCGGCGAGUAGCUCAUCGACGGAAGAAAACGGAGAUAGGGUCACACGCUUGACAAGAGACUUAUUCACAGAGUUUGAGAAGGCGGCAAGCUCCAGCGAGGUGCAUGGGACCCAGCCUGAGAAAGAGAGUUGGGGAAUAGAUGUGGGAGACACUUCCAACCGUCGAUGUGACGUUGUUCCCAAUGCUAACACCACCGCCAUACCCACUGAUCCGGCGCCAUCAUCAGGGAUACUGAGGCUUCUUCAGAUACCAGUGCAGACGUUCGCACGGGAUGCGGCUCCUGUACCUGAUGACACUGACCAUUACGGUGCUGACAGAACAAGAUUAGUAGUGCUGGAUGUGGACUACGAGGGUGAUGAACUGUUUGUAGGAAGGGUGUUCAAGAACAGGGAUGACUGCAAAGUGAAGAUAGCUGUGCAUGCAAUCAACAGGAAAUUUAGCUUCCGUAACCAUCGCACGACAAACGACGUGGUCAUUGUACGGUGCGUUUCAGAUCUUUGCCCGUGGAGAGUCUACUGUGUCAGACUAGAGGAGACUGAGUACUUUGAGGUUCGGACCGUUAUGUUGGAACAUAACUGUCCCAUUGAUGUUAGAAGCCAGUUCCAACGACAGGCAACAACGUCGGUGAUAUCAGAGAUCAUGAAAUCAAAAUACACCGGUGCGGGAAUGGGUCCGAACCCGAUGAGUAUGAGGCAGGCAUUGCUGGAUGAGUACAGUCUCAACGUGUCGUAUUGGAAAGCUUGGAGAUCAAGAGAGUUGGCGUUAGACAUGGCCAAAGGUUCUACGACUAGUAGUUACGGUAUUCUACCAAGCUACCUGCACAUGUUAUGCAAGAGCAAUAUUGGGACAGUGACAGAGUUACACACGGAGGUUUACCCGAGAGCAGUUCAUGGGGCAUGCAUCGUGCAUCUCCAAAGGAAUGUGGCAACGAAGUUCAAACAAAAGAUGCUGGCACCUCUGAUCUCGAAAGCAGCGAGGGCGUUCAAGAAAUCUACUUUCACCGAGUACUUUGAAGAGAUCGAGAGGGUCGCGCCAAGAUGCGCUGAGUACCUAAUGGCAAUAGGCUGGGAACAUUGGACGAGGUCACACUGUAAUGGCGAUCGUUACAACAUUAUGACUUCUAACGUAGCAGAGUCACUCAACGCCGUCUUGAAGGAGGCCCGUGAACUGCCUAUUGUUUCCACUCUAGAAUUCAUUCGGGGGACACUAAUGACAUGGUUUUCAAAAAGAAGGGAGGCUGCGACCAACCAUACAGAGCCAAUGACCCCUAAGGUGGAAGAGAUGGUACUAAGGAACUACGAACGUUCAACUUCUUAUGAAGUGAUAAGGAUUAAUAGCGAGUUGUACGAGGUCAAGACUACUACUGGUUUAUCUUAUGUUGUGGACCUCCAACAGAAAACAUGCACCUGUGAGGAGUUUACGAUGCUGAAGAUCCCUUGUGGCCACGCAGUAGCAGCGGCUGUACGCUGUGAGAUGAGGCUACCAGAUCUAGCGGCACCCCAGUAUGGAAGCUUCUUCUGGAGUCUUGCUUACAAUGGAAACAUCAAUCCUGUGCCUGACUUGUGUACACUGCGCAAUGUCCCUGAUGGCAUAGCUACACUGAAGGUGCUACCACCGGUUACAAAAAGGCCACCAGGUAGGCCAAAGCGAAGUAGAUACCUUUCUAGUGGCGAGUUUAAGAGACCGGCGAAGGUGGCGAAGAGAAGCUGUACGCGUUGCCUUGGGAUUGGGCAUAAUCGUGCUACCUGCAAGAUGCCUAUAUGAAUACCGGAAGUAGUAUGUAUGGUAAGUAACUACGUAUUGAACAGUAAUAGUAACAAUAUGUCCUUGUUAAUCCGUGGGUCUAACAAAAUAAUUGGUUCGUAAUGCAGUUUUUUGGAGCUGCGCAUUUUGGAUGUAUACAGGCAGUUCGACGGCUUAAGUUGGUCUUCUAUAACGGCUAUGAAGAAGUGGCAAUAUUUUCUUUGUAAUAUAGUAAUGCCACGGGG